CCUCGUCAUCGCUUCUCGCCGCAAGGUGCCCUGGCUGUAUGAAAAGAAGCGGACCCACUAGCAUGAAUGUCUUCACCAUGAAUUAUGCUAAUUACGCAUCGAGACUUCCUGUUUAAGAUGGCGGCGACCUUGUGUGGAACGCUUUUGCUUAGACAGGGCUGGUUGCCCGUGACGCAUUGUGUCCGGCAUGGCUCCAAGGCAGUUACACGCCACAGGAAGCCGAUGCACUUCCUCAAGCAGAAGUUAUUGGCAGUCACAGAGUACAUUCCCCCAAAACCUCCGGUCUCAAAGCACCGUGUUCUCCAGGCUAAACAAAACCCGGAGGACAGUGGCUUGGUGGUGCUUCUGAGGAGAGAGGUGCGGACCGUUUUUCAGGAAUGUAAGAUGAUUGCUGUGGUUCAUAACAGUGCUACAAAUUCUGAGGACAUGCUGCUUCUCAGACACCGUCUCUACAAGCAUGGCAUCGCUGUCCGAUUCUUCCCAAACCAGGUGAUGCGGGCCUUCCUGGUGGACUCACAGUACAGUAACUUGGCACCCCUGAUCAUUGGGCCGACAGUACUGAUCGUCAGCAAAGAGCCCAAGGUGAAGGAGAUGCUACAAGCUUUGAAGGCUGUCCCCCAGAUGCUGCUGAUUGGAGCUUGUAUUGAGAACACACUGCUGAGUGUCCAGGGUGUGUUCGACUACUCUAAACUGCCAUCUCUGGCCACGGUGCAGGGGGAGGUUGUUGGCGGACUGAGUCUGCAGACAUCUCAGAUAUCCUCCAACCUGCAGCACCACCCGACCCACCUGACCAUGCUCCUCCAGCAGUACCUCACACAGAAAGGAGAGCAAGGAGCCCCCGGAGGGAGUGAACAAAAGGCAGAGGAGAUGACCUCUGUAUAGCUGCACCCCCCCCCCCCCCCCAUCACUGCUGGACUGCCACUGAGUGGCUGUGCGGGUGCCAGUGGAAAUGAAUGUCUAUAGGCAUUUCAUUUCUGCACCUUUGCCCUCUGACCUUUGAACUUGACCCUCUCUGUCACUGGCCUCUCACACUUAUCUACCACAAAAGGACUUGUGCGUCAUUUAUUUUCUCAUCCUGAAACAGCCGGCACUUAUAUGGAAAUGUUAUGUCAUAUUUAAGACCGUUUUUACACAAUAAACCACCUGUAUUCCGCA